GCAAUCCAACUUCAGGCAUCUUCUCAGCAAUUUCAGUUACACAUUGUUUCAUUGAUUUAACUUAAUUGCAAUGGCUGCCUCAACAAUGGCUCUCUCUUCUCCAUCAUUGGCAGGGCAAGCAAUAAAGCAUGCCCGAUCCACCCCAGAGCUUGGAAGUGGAAGGCUCACAAUGAGGAAAGCAGUCACCAAAACUUCUGGAAGCCCAUGGUACGGCCCAGACCGUGUCUUGUACUUGGGCCCACUCUCUGGCACUCCCCCAUCCUACCUCACUGGUGAAUUCCCAGGUGACUAUGGCUGGGACACUGCUGGGCUUUCCGCUGACCCAGAGACAUUUGCCAGAAACCGCGAACUUGAGGUCAUCCACUGCAGAUGGGCCAUGUUGGGAGCCUUGGGCUGCGUCUUCCCCGAACUCUUGGCCCGCAAUGGGGUCAAGUUCGGCGAGGCCGUGUGGUUCAAGGCUGGAUCCCAGAUAUUCAGUGAGGGUGGGCUUGACUACUUGGGCAACCCAAGCCUGAUCCAUGCACAGAGCAUCCUUGCCAUCUGGGCCUCCCAAGUCAUCUUGAUGGGUGCCGUUGAGGGUUACCGUAUUGCCGGUGGGCCUCUCGGCGAGGUCACUGACCCACUCUACCCAGGUGGCAGCUUUGACCCAUUGGGCCUUGCUGAUGACCCAGAGGCUUUUGCUGAAUUGAAGGUGAAGGAGAUCAAGAAUGGUAGAUUAGCCAUGUUCUCCAUGUUUGGGUUCUUUGUUCAGGCUAUUGUGACCGGAAAGGGUCCUUUGGAGAACCUCGCUGACCACCUUGCUGACCCAGUCAACAACAAUGCUUGGGCCUAUGCCACAAACUUUGUUCCCGGAAAGUGAGCAAAAACCUUCACUGAGACAAUGAAGAACACCAGUGACAUGCAAAUCUUGAGUGAGAUUUUCGUGUUGUUAUUUGGUAAAAUUUAUAUUAGAUGUAUCCUUCUGAAGAGAAUGUGAAUUAUAUAUAUUUUGGGUUUGUUUAGAUCUUUCUUCAAGUUUGAAUCGUUAAUGCAUUUUAUUGUGAUCA